AUGAGACUGAAACUUCUGCACCUUCAGACAAGAUCUUUCCACACUUUAACAACAAUAUGUCAAUGCCAAAGCUUUAACAAAACUGGACGUCUACUAUUAAAGCUGGAUAAUGAAGUUGAAAGAGCGGCUCACAGAACAGCAAAGUCUUGCAAUUUGUAUGCACUGAAACCUGCGUUCCCGUGGUUGACAAGUCAGUAUGUGCAAGUCAGGAAUUGGCAUUUUCUCCAAGGAUUUCUGUCCACUUUGGAAAGAAAUGCUUAUUAUCAGAGUGGGGAGGGUUUUUUCUCAUCCUGGAGACGUUUGGGUGUGGCAAUGAUGGAAAACUACAGGCUCAAUAGAGAGUGGAUCAUGAAGCUUAGGAACACAUCAUCAAGAUUUUAUGCAGUUGUAUCAGCUGGUAAAAUUGUCCCCAAACCCAAUAACCAGCCAGUUAAGAGGCCACCAAAGGCACCGAGGACCAAGCAGCCAUCCAGAACGAACCUGCCACUCUCAGACAUGAAGAAUCUGAUGCAGUGCACAGCCUUUGCAACAGCAGAUGAAUAUCAUCUUGGUAAUCUCUGUCAUGACCUGACUUCACAUGGAUAUGUUGAAAUAACAAGUUUGCCUAGAGAUGCUGCAAAUGUUUUGGUGGUCAGUACUGAGAAAUCUGCAAAAGAAGAUGAUCCUGGCAUUAUUUUUUUCUUCAGGGAAGGGGCUGUUGUAUUUUGGAAUGUGGAAGAGAAAAGUAUGAAGAAUAUCAUGCAAGUGCUAGAGCAGCAUGAAAUUCAGCCAUAUGAAGUUGCACUGGUCCAUUGGGAGAAUGAAGAGCUGAAUUAUAGAAUAGGAGAAGGUCAGUCAAAGCUCCAUAAAGGACAAAUCUUGUUAAAUUCUGAGUUGGAUAGUGAUGAAGUUGUUCUGCAGAAAUUUGCCUUUUCAAAUGCUCUUUGUCUUUCUGUAAAGCUGGCUAUUUGGGAAUCAUUACUGGAUAAUUUUGUGGAAUCUAUCCAAUCAAUUCCUGAGAUUCUAAAGUCACGAAGGAAGAUAAAACUCUCUCAUGCAGAUGUGAUGCAGAAAAUCGGAGAACUCUUUGCACUAAGACACCGUAUAAAUCUGAGCUCAGACCUGCUAAUAACACCAGACUUCUACUGGGACAGAGAAAAACUGGAAGAGCUUUAUGACAAGACUUGCCAGUUUCUCAACAUUAAUCGCAGAGUUAAGGUAAUGAAUGAAAAGCUCCAGCACUGCAUGGAGCUGACAGACCUAAUGCGAAAUCACCUGAAUGAAAAGCACGCGCUGCGUCUUGAGUGGAUGAUAGUAAUACUAAUCACCAUAGAGGUUGGUGGGGCUUUUUUUCCAGUAUUAAGAACAUAAUAACAAACAUUUUCUAUACUUCAUAAUUUGAGAAUUAAGAUUACUGCAUUAAUGUGAUGUACGCGGGGAAUUAGUAAUUGUUCUUUGCAGCUUUCAAAUGGUAGCUACAGUUACUUUCCAGAUUACCUGAUUUAUAGUGUAAACUGGUUUAAUGGUUUUUAAAUAAAAUAAAAAUUCUUAUCA